GAAGGUGGUGACGGCGACGGAGGUGGUGACGGCGGCGGCGGUGGCGGCAGCGGGGACACGGCUCGCGCUGGCACCAUGAACCCGCUGUAACGCGCAGGCUGCGCGGCGCGGGGGGAGGGGGGAGGAGGAGGCCGCCGCGGCGAAGUUCUCCGCCAUGAACCUGAGGGGCCUCUUCCAGGACUUCAACCCGAGUAAAUUCCUCAUCUACGCCUGUCUCCUGCUAUUCUCUGUCCUGCUGGCCCUCCGUCUGGAUGGCAUCAUUCAGUGGAGCUACUGGGCUGUCUUCGCUCCGAUAUGGCUGUGGAAGCUGAUGGUCAUUGUGGGAGCCUCAGUUGGGACUGGAGUCUGGGCACGGAAUCCCCAAUAUCGAGCAGAAGGAGAAACAUGUGUGGAGUUUAAGGCCAUGUUAAUUGCAGUGGGCAUCCACUUGCUGCUCUUGCUGUUUGAGGUCCUGGUCUGUGAUCGGAUCGAGAGAGGAAGCCACUUCUGGCUGCUGGUCUUCAUGCCGCUGUUCUUUGUGUCCCCCGUGUCCGUUGCAGCUUGCGUCUGGGGCUUUCGACAUGACAGGUCGCUGGAGUUAGAAAUACUGUGUUCUGUCAACAUCCUGCAGUUUAUAUUCAUUGCCUUAAGACUGGACAAGAUCAUCCACUGGCCCUGGCUUGUCGUGUGUGUCCCUCUCUGGAUUCUCAUGUCCUUUCUGUGCCUGGUGGUCCUCUAUUACAUUGUGUGGUCUGUCCUGUUCCUGCGUUCCAUGGACGUGAUUGCAGAACAGAGAAGGACACACAUAACAAUGGCACUGAGCUGGAUGACCAUCGUCGUGCCUCUCCUUACUUUUGAGAUCCUGUUGGUUCACAAACUGGAUGGCCACAACGCGUUCUCUUGUAUCCCAAUAUUUGUCCCUCUUUGGCUCUCCUUGAUCACUCUGAUGGCAACCACCUUUGGACAGAAGGGAGGAAACCACUGGUGGUUUGGGAUUCGCAAGGAUUUCUGUCAGUUUCUGCUUGAACUCUUCCCAUUUUUGAGAGAAUAUGGGAACAUCUCCUAUGACCUCCACCAUGAAGAUAAUGAGGAAACAGAAGAAACACCCGUUCCAGAACCUCCUAAGAUUGCCCCGAUGUUCCGUAAGAAGACCAGGGUGGUUAUCACCCAGAGCCCUGGGAAAUAUGUCCUCCCACCUCCCAAAUUAAAUAUUGAAAUGCCAGAUUAGAUACCACUCCCGCGGGCAGAACGCCAGUGGACUGGGGCACACGCUCUCUUCUACCCUCCUCUGCGUCUUUGUUUACCCCACCCAGAACUGGAGCUGGAGCUGGGGCUCUGGGGACUUCCAUCUCAUGCCUUGUUUGCACUCAAUGCCUACCAGUGACUCGCCAUGAUGGGACACACAAAUGGCAGGUGACUGGCACAUGAAGCCGGGCUGGGGUGGGGUGUGUGUCGGCGGCCGCGGGUGUGACGGAGGGAGCGCGAGGGACACGGAGAAAGCAACCCCCUCUGGGCAGGUGCCUCAGGAGCCAGCUUGGAUCUCUUAGGGGUGGCUGAUCAGGCCACAGGAGUUAUUGGUUUUCAAAGUGCUAAAAUUCCCAUCAAAAGUGUUCUUUGAAAAGGUUUUUUUAAACCAGGCUGGCCUCAGUACGUAGCUUAGCGUCUGCUGUUGCAGAAUAGUCAGUAGGAACCUAAAUAUUCCUUGAGGGCAUCAAGCUCCAGUACCCACUGUCAUUAUUACUGUUUGUGUUCCUGCUGUGGAAGUAGUUGCUCUUCCAGUGAGGCUGACAGCAGUUUUUAAUGGCCUCAUUGGUGAGCCCUUUCUAAUGGAGUGAUUCCGAGCCUGUAUAGUAUUUAUACAAAUAUUUUAGCAUUGUAAUAUACCGUGUUAAAUCCUAGUUCUGUACAGUAUAUUCUGUUAAAGUAUUUUUUUACGAGCUUGUAUUGGAGAUAUACGUGUUCUGUUGCAGAAGUAGAAGCUGCUGGCACACCUGUCCUACAAAGGGGGUGUCACCCCUUAAUGGGACAUCAUCAUUUCCCCCCUGAAAUCCUCCACAUACACAGUAGCUGCUACUGCCAGAACAGCCACAAUAAGCAACAAAUGGUUUAUGCUUUUCCUACAUUCUGGGAAUAUUCGUUUGUCAGAAAACUAUCCAGCAUGACCUGCAACUAGAGUGCUGGACUUGCGGAGACUGGGAAGAGCCACUGGAUUGUGGAAUUGGAAAGGUCUGAGGCCUUUUGUCUACUCCAAACAAAAAGCCUUCCGGAUGCCCCAGGCUUUUAACUAAGAACACAGUCCUUCCGAGAGCUGCUGGGAGAGCCCUGAAUGAGCAAAGAGGGACUCAGAUCCUCCAGGCUGAGAGCCUCCUGCCUGAGAACAAGCAGCCAUUUGUUACAGGAGGGAAAGGGGCACCGACCGUCUCACCCAGGAGAGGAGGGGAGGGUUUAAUGCAGGGAGCUGCAGACGUGUCUCAGCCUGGCCCCACUGACGCCCAGCACCCCGGGUACCCCAGGGCCUGGGUCCCGACAGACUGCCGUCUCCGGGGGAGAGGGGGAGCAUCUGGAGUGGCAAAGCCUUCCCUGCCUGGUGUGUGACAAAGGUGGCGUAGUCCACUAGUUUUGCUCCCUGCAGCUGUUCAAUAAACCGAUUCCUCCUUUUCCAUG